GGAGAGGGCGGGGCGACGCUCUGUCCCGCCCCGGGGGCGGGGCCGAGCCGGAGCCUGCGGAAGGUUAGACCCGGGGAAAUUGGCCUGCGACUCCCUCCCGCACCCCGCCUCUCCCCUUCCCCUUCGAGGACACCCGAUCCCCCUCCCGCUGCGCACCGCCGGCCGGAACGAGCCUCCUGGGCGCCCGGGUCCUCGGCCCCGCGCAGGUGCAGGUGCGGCGCCCACCGCUCUCCCACCGGGCGCAUCGCGCUGGGCGGCCAUGGCGCGAGGAGACAUCCCGCAGGACAGCUACCACCUGGUCGGGGUCAGCUUCUUUAUCCUUGGGCUGGGCACGCUCCUUCCCUGGAACUUCUUCAUCACGGCCAUCCCGUACUUCCAGGGGCGGCUGGCGGGGGCCAACAGCACCGUUGUGACCUGGAGCGCCAACCACACCGGCCCCGCAGACACCUUCAACUUCAACAACUGGGUGACGCUGCUGUCCCAGCUGCCCCUGCUGCUCUUCACGCUCCUCAACUCCUUCCUGUACCAGUGCAUCCCUGAGACGGUGCGGAUUCUGGGCAGCCUGCUGGUCAUCCUGCUGCUCUUUGCCCUGACGGCGGCGUUGGUCAAGGUGGACAUGACACCCGGACCCUUCUUCUCCAUCACCAUGGCCUCUGUCUGGUUCAUCAACUCCUUCUGCGCAGUUCUGCAGGGCAGCCUCUUUGGACAGCUGGGCACCAUGCCUUCUACCUACAGCAGCCUCUUCCUCAGCGGCCAGGGCCUGGCUGGGAUCUUCGCUGCUCUUGCCAUGCUCAUGUCCAUGGCCAGUGGCGUGGAUGCCCAGACCUCUGCCCUGGGGUACUUCAUCACACCCUGCGUGGGCAUCUUCGUGUCCAUCGUGUGUUACCUGAGCCUGCCCUACAUGGAGCUGGCCCGCUACUACCUGGCCAGGAAACCAUCGCUGGCACAAGGUCAGGAGCUGGAGACUAAAGCUGAGCUCCUGCAGUCUGAUGAGAAGAACGGGAUUCCCAACAGCCCUCAGAAGGCGGCCCUGACUCUGGAACUUGACCCUGAGAAGGAGCCAGAGCUGGAGCCGGAGGAACCCCAGAAGCCAGGAAAACCUUCAGUUUUCAUUGUCUUCCGAAAGAUCUGGCUGACGGCGCUGUGCCUUGUGUUGGUCUUCACAGUCACCCUGUCUGUCUUCCCCGCCAUCACAGCCAUGGUGACCAGCUCCACCAGUCCCGGGAAGUGGAGUCAGUUCUUCAACCCCAUCUGCUGCUUCCUUCUCUUCAACAUCAUGGACUGCCUGGGGCGGAGCCUGACCUCGUACUUCCUGUGGCCGGACCAGGACAGCCGGCUGCUGCCCCUGCUGGUCUGCCUGCGCGUCCUGUUCAUUCCGCUCUUCAUGCUGUGCCACGUGCCCCAGAGGUCCCGGCUGCCCACCCUCUUCCCACAGGACGCCUACUUCAUCACCUUCAUGAUGGUCUUUGCUGUUUCCAACGGUUACCUGGUGUCCCUCACCAUGUGCCUGGCGCCCAGGCAGGUGCUGCCACACGAGAGGGAGGUGGCCGGCGCCCUCAUGACCUUCUUCCUGGCCCUGGGGCUGUCCUGCGGAGCCUCCCUCUCCUUCCUCUUCAAGGCGCUGCUCUGAAGGCUGCGUGGAGGGCCUCCCAGCAGCUCUCUUCUCGCUGCCCCUUCGGAGCCCAGACCCAGGGCAGAGGAGUGGC